AAAGAAGAGAAGCCAAAAGACUAUGGGAGCUGUGGGUAUGUCACAGAGGAGUGGGCCAGCAAGGGUGAAGUCAGAUAGCAUGGCUGGGCAACAUGGUAGACAAAACAGCCGCCCGUGUCUCUGUAAACCCAGACAGCAGGGUGAUAUGCUGAAUGCUGAAGUGAUGCCUAACAGGCCGGUACAGCUAGAGGAGGAAAGCAGAAACAAGUAAUACAGAAACAAACGAAAUGAUUUAAUUUGUGUUUAGCCGAAGGCUACAGCACUCUUCUAGUUUCCUGGACUCCCACAGCACCAUGAGAUAUGGAAGCCACAUGGAGGCUGAAAGAACAAGAGUGGAUAUUUGAAGAAGCCCGAAGUUCAUGAGACCCACUGGUGUGAGGAGUGGAGGGGACCGUGGAAAGGAAAAAACAGAAUUCAUUAAAGGAUGGAGGCUGUCUAUGAUCAUUUUGCUGACUCUGGAUCAUCAGAACCUGAAAUAAAUGUUCUAAUUGGUUGUGUCACCGCUGUAACAGAGGGUAUUGUCUACAUUAAUAAAGAAACUUCCUUCCGCCUAGAUACUGUUUGUGAAGGUUUUGUGCCUUACAAGGGUGACUGGUUGGAGGUUGUGUAUUCCACAGAGCCAGGCAUAUCGCACAUCAAGGCAUACUCAGUGAAGUCCAUGAACUCUAGGCAUGUGGAUGAGGUCAGCAUUACUAGUGUCCAUGGAAGACAUGGGGUGAUAGACAACAAAAUCUUUUUCACCUUGGAUUCACUGAAACUCCCUGCUGGUUAUGUACCUCAACGAUAUGAUGUCGUCAACGUGGUCGUAGUGGAGAGUACUCAGUCCUGCUAUUUGUGGAGGGCAGUUUCUAUGACCCUAGCUCACAGGUGUUAAUAACCCAGCCUUUCAUUUUCUGUUCAUCCUUACUUCUAUGGGCAGUCAACUGCCUGGUCCAGUGGAAAAGCUUUGCUUAGUGAGCUUAAACAAUAUGUUAAAUAUAAAUUUUCUCGUAAACACACUAGGUAGUUCCCUUGGGAGAAUGAGCCAACUCUAGGGAAGGACCUUAUUAAUUCAAAAACAUGCUAAAGCUGGCUCUUGAUUGUAAGAAAAAAACACACUGCCAUUCAGUUAAAUUCCUUCUUUUCCCUGUCCAGAAGCAGACUAUAUGCUGGCGGGGACCUGUUAAGGCUCUCAAGUAAGGUGCAGAGUUGGAAGGCUUAAGAGGUGGUGGGGCCAGCAUGGUAAUGGGCAGAAUCGCCUACCCUUCAAGUGUCGGUCCCGCUUAUGCUUUCUGUCCAAUUUUCAUUUGUCCAUGCCAUUGUUCCUCUCCGCCUACUUAUUCAAGUUUAUUAAAUUAGUGGUUCCUUAUGUCCCUUCUUCUCCAUGCUAGACUGUAAGCUCCAUAACAAUCGGGUAUAUUCUUUUUCAUUAACUCAUUGAUAAGCACUUAGAAGAACACCUGUUAUAUACGAGGGCAGAGUUAAUGUUGUUAAGUUCAAUAAAUCCAUUAUCCGAGCAGCA